AUGCAGGAGGAAUUCAAAGCACUCAUGCACAAUGGGACCUACGUCCUGGUCCCACUUCCACAGGGGCGCAAGCCCAUCAGCACCCAAUGGCUGUACAAGGUCAAACUACACACCAACAGCUUGAUUGACUGCUACAAGGCCAGGUGGGUAGCCAAGGGCUUCACCCAACGCUUCAGCAUCAACUACAACAGCACCUUCUCUCCUGUCAUAUGGAUUGAGAACCUCUGGUUGCUACUUGCCUUUGUGAAUGCAUGCAACCUUGAGAUCCACCAGGUCGAUGUUGACAUGGCGUUUCUCCACGCCAAGCUCACUGAGGAGAUUUACAUCUCCCAGCCUGAGGGGUUUAGCCUCUAUGGGCUUAAGCAGGCGCCACUUGAGUGGAACUGCACCAUCGACGCCCAUCUGUGCAAGUCCCACUUUGAACCCACUGACUUGGACCCGUGCAUCUACAUUCGUCAAGGCCACCACUUGGCCAUCGUCGCACUCUAUGUCAACGACUGCACCAUCAUCACUCACAAGUCCAAGCUCAGGGGCGUCAAGCAGAUCAUCGCUGACAGCUUCCUGAUCAAGGACCUCAGAGAAGCAACCUCCAUCCUAGGGAUCAAGAUCCAGUGUGAUCAAUCACUUGGCAAGCUCUACAUCCAACAGCGCGGCAAGAUCAACAACAUCCUCACCACCUUUGGACUCACCAACAGCAAGCCAGUCUCCACGCUGAUGCUGCCAAACCUACAGCUGCCAGUCAACACCAAGCAACACGACACCUUCAAAUACCACAGUGCCAUUGGCAUGCUGUUGUAUCUGGCACACGCCUCACGACCAGACAUUCUCUUCCCCAUUGCAUACCUCAGCCACUUUGCCAACAACUUCAGCCCCAAACACGUCACCACUGUCAAGUGCAUCAUGCACUACCUCGCUGGCACAGCCAACCUGGCGAUCUGCUACUCAUGUGACCUCUACAACGACAGGGAUGUUGCAACCCAUGUACCUAUCAGGUACUGUGACGCCAACUGGGGCAACAUUGAAGUCAACCGCCAAUCGGUCUCUGGCGUUGUCUUCAUCUUCUGCAGAGGCGCCAUCUCAUGGAGCGUCAAGACGCAGAAAUGCAUCGCGCUCUCCUCCACCGAAGCCGAGCUCAACGCCAUCUCCGAGGCAACGCGCCAGGCACUCUACGUGUGCAAGCAUCUGCCGGCCCUUGGAGUUGACACCCAACAACCACUCUCUCUCUUCAAUGACAACCAGAGCGCACUGGCCAUCAUUGACAUCUUGUCCAGCACCUACCACGGCCACAUGAAACAUUACGACAUCAAACUCACGCACCUGCGCGACACGACCAGUUGA